UCCGCCGGUAUCAUGGCUUCCUAACCGAGGAAGUGAAUGAAGAGCAAAAACAAGGAUUAAAAAAAACAAAACAACUUUAAGACAGCGGGAGUGAGGGGCUUUGGGCUCCUCUCUUUCUUUUUUUGCCCCCCUCCUCUUCAAACAACACCACACAGGAUCCAGGAUAAGUCUUGUUUUAUAGCAUUUAAUUGUUGAAUCUUUGCUGUUCGUGAAAAACGGUGGAAGAUGGCCGACCCGGCGGAGUGCACCAUCAAAGUGAUGUGUCGUUUCAGGCCACUCAACAGCUCCGAGGUGACCAGAGGAGACAGAUACAUACCCAAAUUUCAAGCGGAGGACACUGUCGUAAUCGCGGGCAAACCGUACAUGUUUGACAGAGUGUUUGCAUCAAAUACAACACAGGAACAAGUCUACAACGCCUGCGCCCAGAAGAUUGUAAAAGAUGUUCUGGAGGGAUACAAUGGGACAAUUUUUGCAUAUGGGCAGACGUCAUCUGGCAAAACACACACCAUGGAGGGGAACCUCCAUGACACAGAUUCGAUGGGCAUCAUCCCCAGGAUAGUUCAAGACAUCUUCAACUACAUCUAUUCCAUGGAUGAAAAUUUGGAGUUUCAUAUCAAAGUUUCAUAUUUUGAAAUUUACUUAGACAAGAUCCGGGACCUUCUGGACGUGUCAAAGACUAAUUUGUCGGUGCAUGAAGACAAAAACAGAGUGCCCUACGUCAAGGGCUGUACUGAGCGGUUUGUCUGCAGUCCAGAGGAAGUCAUGGAUACAAUUGAUGAAGGCAAAUCUAACAGACAUGUAGCAGUUACAAACAUGAACGAGCACAGCUCCAGGAGUCACAGUAUCUUCCUGAUAAACGUCAAACAGGAAAACACUCAGACAGAACAGAAGCUCAGCGGCAAACUCUAUCUGGUGGAUCUGGCUGGUAGUGAAAAGGUCAGUAAAACAGGAGCAGAGGGAGCCGUGCUGGAUGAAGCUAAGAACAUCAACAAGUCUCUGUCGUCCCUGGGAAACGUCAUCUCCGCUUUGGCUGAAGGAACGGCCUACAUCCCCUACCGAGACAGCAAGAUGACCCGUAUCCUGCAGGACUCGCUGGGAGGUAACUGUCGAACCACCAUCGUCAUCUGCGCCUCGCCUUCCUCCUACAACGAGGCCGAAACCAAAUCCACCCUCAUGUUCGGACAAAGAGCGAAGACCAUCAAGAACACUGUGACGGUGAAUGUGGAGCUGACGGCGGAGCAGUGGAAGCAGAAGUACGAGAGAGAGAAGGAGAAGAACAAGACCCUGAGGAACACCGUCACCUGGCUGGAGAACGAGCUCAACCGCUGGAGGAAUGGCGAGAGCGUGCCGGUGGAGGAGCAGUUCGACAAGGAGAAGGCCAACGCCGAGGUGCUGGCACUGGACAACAUCCUCAACGAGAAGCCGGCCACCACGCCCAACAUACCCGGCAACCGCCUCACCGACGUGGAGAAGGACAAGUGUGAGGCUGAGCUGGCCAAGCUUUACAAACAGCUGGAUGAUAAGGACGAGGAGAUCAACCAGCAGAGCCAGCUGGCAGAGAAGCUGAAGCAGCAGAUGCUGGACCAGGAGGAGCUUCUAGCCUCCUCACGCCGCGAUCACGAGAACCUCCAGGCAGAGCUGAACCGUCUGCAGGCGGAGAACGAAGCCUCCAAGGAAGAGGUGAAGGAGGUGCUUCAGGCUCUGGAGGAGCUGGCCGUCAACUACGACCAGAAGAGCCAGGAGGUGGAGGAUAAGACCAAGGAGUUCGAGGCCAUCAGCGAGGAACUCAGCCAGAAAUCGUCCAUCCUGUCAUCCCUGGACUCUGAGCUCCAGAAGCUGAAGGAGAUGUCCAACCACCAGAAGAAGAGAGUGACGGAGAUGAUGUCCUCACUGCUCAAAGACCUGGCUGAGAUCGGCAUCGCUGUGGGCAGCAACGAUAUCAAGCAACACGAGGGCGGCAGCGGUAUGAUAGACGAGGAAUUCACGGUGGCUCGUCUCUACAUCAGUAAGAUGAAAUCAGAAGUGAAGACCAUGGUGAAACGCUGCAAGCAGCUGGAGGGCACCCAGUCAGAAAGCAACAAGAAGAUGGACGAGAACGAGAAAGAGCUGGCCGCCUGCCAGCUGCGCAUCUCUCAGCACGAGGCUAAAAUCAAGUCGCUGACAGAGUAUCUGCAGAACGUGGAGCAGAAGAAGAGGCAGCUGGAGGAGAACGUGGACUCUCUGAAUGAGGAACUUGUCAAGCUCAGCGCUCAGGAGAAAGUUCACGCAAUGGAGAAGGAGAACGAGAUCCAGACGGCCAAUGAAGUAAAGGAAGCGGUGGAGAAACAGAUCCACUCCCAUCGCGAAGCUCACCAGAGGCAGAUCAGCAGCCUGAGAGACGAGCUGGACAACAAAGAGAAACUCAUCACCGAGCUGCAGGAUUUGAACCAGAAGAUCAUGCUGGAGCAGGAGAGACUCAGAGUGGAGCAUGAGAAACUCAAAUCCACCGACCAGGAGAAGAGCCGCAAACUGCACGAGCUCACGGUGAUGCAGGACAGAAGGGAGCAGGCCAGACAGGACCUGAAGGGACUGGAGGAGACAGUGGCCAAGGAGCUUCAGACUCUGCACAACCUGCGAAAGCUGUUCGUACAGGACCUCGCGACAAGGGUUAAAAAGAGUGCUGAAAUGGACUCAGACGACACAGGUGGGAGUGCAGCUCAGAAACAGAAAAUUUCCUUUCUUGAGAACAAUCUUGAGCAGCUCACCAAAGUUCACAAACAACUGGUGCGUGAUAAUGCAGACCUGCGUUGUGAGCUUCCAAAACUGGAGAAGCGUCUUCGGGCUACAGCUGAGCGGGUCAAGGCCCUGGAAUCUGCUCUGAAGGAGGCCAAGGAGAACGCCGCCCGCGACCGAAAACGCUACCAGCAGGAAGUGGACCGCAUCAAGGAGGCGGUCAGGGCCAAGAACAUGGCCAGGAGGGGACACUCGGCCCAGAUAGCCAAACCCAUCCGGCCUGGGCAGCAGCCCGUGGCGUCGCCCACCCACCCAAACAUCAACCGCAGCGGAGGAGGCUUCUACCAGAACAGCCAGACGGUGUCCAUCAGGGGAGGAAGCGGAGCCAAGCCAGACAAGAACUGAAGAUCAGAGUGACAGAAGGACGACAUCACAGAAGAAGAAGAAGAAGCCAAUAUCACCCCCCCGCCCAUCCCGACAACCUGUCAUUCCAUUACAGCGGACAGGCUCCUCGUCGCUGCUCCGGAGCCACGAAGGAGUCUCUGAAUUAUAAAUAUAUAUAUAUAUAUAUUAUAAAUAUUCCUGGCCUGUACAGCUCCAAUCCCCCCCUCCCCCUCCCCCCCAACAACACCACCACUACCACCAACACCCACCCAUCCAUUCACUCUCCCCUACACGACCCCCCAACCCCCCAACCAAUUCUCACUAUGACUUAUCUCUAUUUUUUUUCUCUCUCUUACUGGAUAUAAUUUAAAAAAAAACAAAAAAAUUUAAUUUACCAACCAACCAAACGCAGUCUUGAGCGCAGCCUCGGCGAGCGAAACCGCACACGACUCGAAUGUGUAAAAGCUUCGGUUUCGGGGUUGUUUGAAUUUUUUUUUCUUUUU